UCCCUUUUUUUCUCACAAGCUUCCAUUGAAGCGAAGCCCUUUACUUUUCUCUCCUCUGUAUAUGGGAUGGAGUCGAACCACCAACAAAACGACACCGUUGCGCCGUUCGUAAUGAAAACUUACCAGAUGGUCAACGAUCCGAUCACCGACGAUUUAAUCGCGUGGAGCAAAGCUAACAACAGCUUCAUCGUCGCCGAUCCUUUGGAACUCUCUCGCCGUAUUCUUCCUUCUUACUUCAAACACAAUAACUUCUCCAGUUUUGUUCGCCAGCUCAACACCUAUGGAUUCAAGAAGGUGGAUCCAGACAAAUGGGAAUUCGCGAGCCAAUGGUUUCUGAGAGAUCAAAAGCAUUUGCUGAAGAACAUCACAAGAAGAAGACACAGCCGAAAUUCACACAUUCAAGUGAAACGUGAAGACGACGGAGAAUUAGCACUGGAAAUUUCAAAGCUAAAACAAGAACAAAUAGCUUUAGAAACCGAAGUCGAAUCGAUGAACAAGCGAAUCGAGGCGACCGAAAAACGCCCGCAACAAAUGAUGUCCUUUCUGUACAAAAUCAUGGAGAAUCCCGAAAUUCUUCAAAGAAUUCUGCUGCAGAACCGCCGCGUACGGCGGCGUGUGACCAUGCGACCGCCUCCAAGUCCGGUCAAAUUCGUGAAAGCCAUGGAGGAUGAUUCGUCGCCGGAGACUGGUGUUUUCGAUGAUAACGUCGCCUUGUCGUCGCCGGAGACUACCUUAUGGUGGAACGGCGGCGGCGCUGACUCCGGCGGCGGAUUUGGCGAUUACAUAGAGCUGUCGCCACCUGAGAGUAAUAUUUCGGUUUACGAACUCGGCGACGGCCGAGAUAGUGUCCUGGCGGAGCUGGUGGCCGGAGGAGGGUCGAGUUCGCCGCCGCCUUAUCCGUUUUCGUUGUUUAGCGGUGGGUUUUAGGAUAAAUCCCCAUCUUAAUUUCGAAUUAAUUUUUUUUUUCCUUUUUAUGUAUUAUUUAUAGUGCGAAUAGAGAUGGGAAAUUAUGUUUUGCUGUCC